GUCUACAAAAGAUGCAAUAAAAAUGACUGAUAAUGAAGGAAUGACACCUCUUGAUAUUGCCCGGUAUAUGGGAAACACGGAUAUUGCACUGUUAGUGGUAUUGAGAGAAGACAUAGACUUAAAGUCCCAGAAAUGUACCGAGUUAAACAAUAUUGGAUGGUUGAAGCGUGUGCUUCUAGCUAAUGCACACCAACCUAGAUUAGAUCACCUGAUCAUGCCACAGGACAUUACAGUUCUUGGAGAUUUUAGAAAAAUGAGGCCAAAACACCGUUUGUUAAGUUAUUUUCAGAGCGGUGCAAGUGUAUGUAAUAGGGAUUCCAGCAAUAGGCUUGAUUUAAACUUACCACACCUUCUGGGUAUGAAAGAUGAUCAAGCAGCAUGUGCUAUGAUCGAAAUAGCCCAAGAAACUGUGAUUCAAGUGAUGUGUAUGUCAUAUUCGUGUUAUCCACUUCUUCAUCUUUGUGCCAUCAUGGGCUGUGAAAAGUCACUGAGACUCUUAUUGCAAAUGAUCAAGAAAUGCACAAUUGAUGAUAUGGCAACAUGGACUCGCAAACCCUGUCACAGAGGUAAAAUACCACUUUCAUAUGCUAUAGAAAACCAACAAACUGAAUGUGUGAAAAUUUUGUUUGCCGAGGAUGACUGCUUAGACUGGGUCAGUGUUAUUAGUGGAGAAACAAUAUUACAUCAUGUUGCAAAGACGGACAAUAAGGAAAUUUCCCAGCUCAUCACCCCACGGGCUACAGAUGCUCAGCUGUGUCUACGUGACAAGAACAACUGUACCCCAGCAGCAGUGUGUGUUGCACUUGGAAAUCAUUCUGUUGUUACAGAUAUGUUGAGGGGGAUUGUGCUGGAUAGUGUAGAACACACAACACACACUGAGACAGACUUCUCCUGUGUAGACUGUUUGUUUGAUAGAUGCAUUGGCUGGUCAAGGAUGAUUUUGCAAAGCACUGAUAUUUCUAAUACUAUGCCAUACCGAGAUGUGAUGAAAAGAAAACCGUUUAUACAAGGAUAUACAACUGACGGGGCUGGAAAACGUAACCACCCAUUAACAAAUCUGCUUGCUUGGUCCAUGAUGAGUCCCACAUCGAAUGUCCUGGAUAGAGGAUUAGCAGCCAUGAGAUAUGACUCAAACACGCCAGCUGCUCAUCUCUUUGUCCUACUCAACAUGCACAGGAGAAAGGAUGUAGAACAGUUAAUAUAUAAGGCUCUCAGUUGUGGAUUUGAUGCUGCUGCUUGUUACCUGUUUAAGCAGAAUGUUGAUGAGCUAUCAUCGAGUGUUGAUGAGUUUUGUUUGAAAGCAAUUGCCUGUCACAGUAAUACAUUCUUUUCCAUGAUUAUCAGUGAAACAAAUGUCUUGGAAAAAUCACUAACACCAACUGCUUUAGAUGUAGCAUUUGGCUUUGGCAACUUUGAGGCUGUGAAGUGGAUUGAGGAAGCAAAUGGAGAUAUUGAUACUGACCGCGUUAAAACUUUGGUCGAGUUAGCAGACGUUUUACCUCUGUCAAUAAGGUGGCGCAUUGGUGUGGCACAACCUGGAGAUGAUGAAUGGAUUAAUUCUGUUGUCAGCCAAACACAAAAUCUAACAGACAACUUACCAAAAACAUAUAUACAACAUGAAGAUCGAGUGAUUGGUUUGGUUGUCAGCCAGACCCAGAGAAUCUCGGAACCAGAGGCUCUACUCUGCAUGAGGCCAGAUGACCACUUUAGACAAAUUUUGGAGAACCUACCUAUCAGAAAAGAGUCAUUUCUACCGCAGACAUUCCUAGAAAAGGAUAUACAAGUAGAUAUGAAAAGUUUUGAAUUUGCUGGUUUGAAAUGUGAUAUAAAAGGCAUAUGGCUUUAUUCAAUAAUACUCUCCAAACUCAUAAUGGGAAGGUACCAUCUGGAAAUUAAUUUACAAUCAGCUCAAUGGAAAGCCAUAAAAACUAUCGUAAUCUCUUGUGUACAGGAUGCAUCGUCGGAAGUGCCAGAAAUGAAAUUGCUUGGCAAUGAACUGCAUGAUAAAGUCAGGUUUAGGAAGACACACGCUUCUGAGGGUGAAGGGCAUAAUGUUGUCGUGGAUACAGCAGAUAUUCAAGUUAUAUUUUCUCAUGAAGAAACCAUGAAAACAACGAUACAGGAAAAGGUUAUUCCACAACUUGAGUCACUCAUCAAGGACAAGCUGAUGGGACAAACCAUCAAAAUAGAAGUGGACUGGGGAUCUAUUGAUGCUGCCAAAGACAGACAAUGCAGACAACACAUCUUCAUGGUUCUAGCAGGAGAACAUGGAGGAAACAGACUUGGUGGAUUGGAAACAAUGAUUUUGAGGUCAGGUUCUCUUCUUGACAGUAUUGCGGACCUGGGUGGUCCAGCUACAGCAAAAAGAGCUAUUGAUCUGAUAGCCACAAUUAAAAACAUUGUUGUAAGGUAUGUUGAAGUCUUUCCUACAAGCAAGAGAAUCAUACUGUCAUCAAGUGACAGCAAGAUCUUCUGGUAUUUCAGUUUGAAAGACCUGACUUUGCAUUACAUGUCAUCUCUGUUUGCCAUAUACAAGUCACUGAAGGGAUACCACUCUGCUUGUUACAGUCUUGCAGACUGUAUUUUAGCCAUUAAAGACAAUUGUUCUAAGCAACUGGAUGAUGACAAUGAACAAUCGAAGGACAAAUAUUCAAAAUCUGUUGAUAGCCCUUUUGAACUCCAUGUUGAUGUGAGAUCAUUCGAAGAGGCUGGCAUCUCUGAAUCGAUAGAUAUUUUCUUUCAGAACAAAGUCGCACAUGUCAUGAGGCAACUUGGGUCAGCAUACAAGUUCUUGCUCAGAUUUGAAAUGAAUGUGAUUAGAAUCAAUGUUCUGGCCAUAGAGUCUAAAGACAAAUCUGGUAUAUCCUUCAAAGACAGGAUCCUCACGAUCUCCCUUAAAAUGACAAGACCAAUGGAUGGUGCUUGGCAGAUUGAUGACUUGGAUUUCUACAAGAUAUUUACAGAUAUGGAAGUCAAGCAGAUUAAAGACAGGUACGCAUGUGACGAAUUAAUUGAGAAGGUAAUACAGGCUGGAGAGUCAUUUCAGAAAUUAUUUGGCCUGCCUCUGGACAUUUCAUUUAAUCCCAGUGAGUGGUUGGAAGAUGUGGUGCGUAUUGAUAACCGCGAGAUGACUCAUCCAUUCGACCUGCUCACAACAUAUGUGGAAGUAUUUGCAGACCAAACUUUGGCUUCGUAUGAAGAUGCGCUUAUGCAGGAACUCACAACAGCAGAUUGCUGGCUUUUGGAAAAGAUUCAACUGCCAUGUGGUUUCUGGAGUACAUUUAAUUACAGUGAACUGAAGGGUGUACCAGAAACGAAAACAAUGUUAGUUAAGUACAGACAUGUGGAUGAAAACUCGCUUGAGGAAAGUCAAUCCAAUGAGAUGAAUACCUCUCUCACCUUUGACGUUUUGACACACGUAGAUAUACAGAAGCUGGACAAAGCUUCAGUUGUUGGCCUUUGGUAUUUAGUACCAGCAGACCAAGUCACCAAGUAUGAUAAUGUACAACUGCUGUCUUUGAGAGAUAGGCUAUUUUACAUUCCUGAUAGAAGAUUUGGAAGUCGAUUUAUAUCAGGGCUGAAAAAUAAAAUUGAAAUUUGCUCAAGAUAUGUUCUAUCAAAAGAAAAAGCAAAGCAUGCUGUGGACCUUUCAUUUGAUGAUAUCAUAAGAGACAAAGUUUCUCAGAUCAAAUAUUCAAAUCACUUCAAGGUUACCCAAAUUCUGUGUUGUAAAAAUGCAGCUGUCCAGAAAGCAGCAAAGCAUUUUUCAAGCCAUGCUAAACCUUUGACAGUCGAAGGUUACAUGCUUUAUAAUAUCUGGGUAGCAGCUUCAAAUCUUGGAAUCAAUAUUGUAUUUGAUUUGCAUGGAUUCAAACAGACAUCGUCUGUUGAGGUUGUAGCAGAUGUUCUCUUAAUGACACUUAAUGAUAUAUCAAGCAUCAGUAUGACUGACAAACAAAUCCACGACUCCUUUCUGGAUGCAGUUAGCAAGUUGGGAACUGUAUCUAUUGGUUUCGAUUCUGACUGCAGUAUCAGAAACAAAGAAAUGGGAAAAGUGGAAGGUUCUACAUUCAGUGAAAUGGCUGACAUUACAUUUGUUAGUCAAAGAGAUCUGCAUAUCAAUUUUAGACCUGCGAUUCUGGUUUCUGACCAACCUCUUCAGCCAAUCACAGAUACUAUAAGAUCUGCUUUAUGUAAAUCAUUCCAAGUCCAGGCACCACAGGAAGUUGUACAAAUUGUAUCUGACGUUUUGAAUAUAAGCAUGUCAGUUGAUUCAACAAUAGUUCCCAAAUUUUACCUUCAAAAGAAUAACGUUGAAAUAUUGCACGCAGUUUCGACAUUAAUGAGUAACUUCGACCAGGCAAUGCAGCACAUCGUUAAGAACCACAACAAUGCCAGAAUGCGUCUUCAGUCAGAACUGACGAGUGUGGUCUUCACAGAAAGUGCACUGCCGCUAUCAACUGCUACAUUUACAGAAGGUAUGUUACAAUGCACUCUGUUCAAGGGCGGCAACACUGUCACUGCUGAAGAAUUGCAAACUGAUAUUCUUGCUGCUCUCGAGUACCCGGCUCAGUCUCCCGAAGAACCAAGGUUCAAAUCCAAGCUGUCACCUCUACAGCUUGUUAACUGCCCUGAUGGGGAGUCUGUUCUUACUGUCACAUGCCAGAAGAACGUUAAACGACAGCGCCGAAAGCUACAAAGACUGAAGAGACCUAAGGGAACUAGCAGUAUUGCUGUUGAUAACGCAACUGAAAGGUUGUUUUACCACGUAGAGCUUGGACAGACAGGCAACAUUGAAAAUGAAUUAGACAUUGGAGCGGAUAUUAACCGGAGAGGCGAGGAAGGCGCAACACCUUUUCUUCGAUCAUGUCAAUUGCGCAACUACGUUGUCCAGAAAGUGUUAUUGAGAAGAGGGGCCAACGUAAAUAAAUCGGAUAAACUGCACCGAACUCCUCUGCACUAUGAGGCCGCCCACGGUGAUGUCGAGAGUCUCACGUUGCUGCUGACUCACAAGGCUAAAGUGAACGUCAGGGACAAGUAUGGACGAACGCCAUUGCACUACGCCGUCAACAACUCACAUUUUGAGGCAGCAGAUCUUCUUGUGUUUUGUGGAGCAGAUGGAACGAUAAUGGACAAGACAAUGCAGAGCCCAGCAUCUCACUGCAGACAUCCAUGGCUGCGUAAAUUGAUGAUGGAAUCCCAGCUGACAGUCCAUGGCAUCAAACAUGGCUAUAUCCAGAUAGAACACGUGACACUUGAAGCUGACAUGUCGUACCACCUUUCCAAAAUUGGACUGACCAUGCGGACACCCAGCUCUGUGGGCAGUGAGAGUGUCAGUAUGGUGUGGAGACGAGUCCAGCCAGAGUACAGUCGGACUGACAUGGUUCCUGCCGACAAGGAGUUGCUGAUGAGUGACAUAUUCGAAUACCGAAUGUCCGGCACUGACGUCACAGAAGGGUUCGUCCUCAAAAUCCCAAUCUAUUCCAAGCCAGACAGGUUUGAGGAGGUCUAUAUGAAAACUGACAGAGAUGAGUACAUUGGAAGGCUCCAGGAUAUUAGGGAAGAGAAAAUGGACCAAUGGGUGUGUUAUAUCAAGGUAAACCCCAGCUCCAUGAAUGCCUUUGUUUUGGUCACACUACCGAAAAAGGAAAUAUUCCCAGUGACGUCAUCUGGAGGAACCUUCAGCUCCAACGUGGCUCAAGUUGAAAUCCUCGUAAAGCCUGAUACCUUUGAAAGGCCUGGCGAUCUCACCUUAGAGAUAAUACCAAAACCCGCGAUCGACGAGGAAGAGUUUGACAAAGUUCUGUCUCUGUCUCAUUUCUUCAACAUAAGCCACGCAGAAGGAGAACAGCCACAGAAAGAGGUCAUCAUGACGAUUCCACUUCCACACGACUACUUUGGAGACGGCGACCUCUACGUGAUGAUGCGGCACGAGGAUGACAAUUGCCAGGUCGAACAAGACCUCUGGGAAAUCCUAGAGAAGAACCCCGCAGUUCAUAAUGGACUGGUCAACGUGAACGUGCGGCAUUUUUCAGAAUGUAACCUUCUAGAAUAUAGGGACACUUUCGAAGACAUCACUCUGUCGGAGACCGAAAAGACGAAGGUAGAAAGAGAAAAGGAAACCGAAAUUAUCAGAUUAAAUGCAAAACUGCUAGAGAAAGCUCAACGUCGAGAAUGUAAUGUUGUUUUUGUGGCCAUGUUGAAACCUCUACCAGAUUCUGUGUGUGAAGCGGUCAUUGAGUGCACAAGAAACAACCAUUUGGGCCAGCGACUCAAGUACUGGAAGAACGAAGGAUACAAAGACCAGAAUCCAAGCUUCACAAGUGACUUCGUCACCUUUCCAAAACAAGAGUUCAAACUGGACAUUGGUGGUAACGCCAAGAAGCUAAACCCAGUAAUUACAACGUUACAGUAUCACCCUAAAAGACAAAAUGUUUUGAAGCUGCCCAUCUCUCUACAUGAUCAACUGAAGGACAACGUUGGAUGGGUGGAUAUUGCUGAGAAGCAGGACAGUCUGGAAGAGAAGUUUGAAUCGCAACCAGACUACGAUUCUUUGGCUAAAAUACUUCUACACUAUUUUCCAUUUGAUGGACAGGGUGGCAAUACUAAUAAUACUGAAAGUAUUACUGAGGAGGAAAAAGCAUUUGAAGGUUUCACAGACGAGUCUCUGUUAAACGAUCUGGCACGUGACUUGGGCUCAGAAUGGCGGAGAGUGGCCAUGCUCCUGGGAUUUUCAGACAGAUCUCUAAAGAUGCAGCAAGACAAGCCAGAAGAGACGGCGGAGGAGCAAAGAUACAGGUUGUUGAGAUCCUGGAGAGAUAGCAGACUUCGCAGACGUGACCACGGAGUUCCGGAACUUCUUAUAGCUCUCCAAAAAGGAGGAAGAAAAGAUUUAGUGCGUAAAGUCAUUCAGACACUGGAAUUAUGGCUUGGUGAGAAGAAGGAAAGGCGUGACAAUUUCGUGACGUGGCUGAAAGCAGCUCUAUCAGGGACGACCACUACACAUGAAGCUCUUCUGAAGCCCAUGUCUGACGAGUUUAUCACCAGCCUCGUACAGAAGACUGGUGCUGUUCUGGAUCUGGCCGGCCAACUCGACGUAUCCAAGCCAGAAUUAGACCUCAUUAGAAUCGACCCAUUAACAAGAACACCUGAGAGCAAAAUGAUCAAGUUAUUUGCCACGAGCCGAGAUAAACAUACGUCAGAUGAUAAAGCCUUCCAAACCACAGUGGAGGCUUUGACAAUGUUUUCCUUGGAGGAACCUAGAAACUGGAUGCUGCGAACAGCGAGAGAAUGGACUGUCAGUACAGAGAAAACUGAUGAUCCAUUUGUUCAUCGUAUCUGUGAUUACUUGGACGCAGUCGAACCUCUUUAUUUACCAGUUCUCCCAGAUGAAGAAAACAACGAAGAAACGAGCCGAAUGCCUUCUGUUAAUGUCUGUUAAUUUGUUAUGGCUUUCAGGCAUGUCUGUCUUGCUGAUAGAGAUAAUCACUUGAUUCUAUUUGGAUAAACAUGACUCUCUUCUAUGAACUUAGCUAUAAAUAUUGUGAAAAGUGUAUGACAGUUUUAUUCAUCAUAAUGUGCCUUGUACAGAGAUAUUUUUUUGUACAGGAUAUAGUUUCUUUUUCUUUUUUAUUGUGCACUUUUAUUUUGUUAUACAAAUAUCCAAUUUCAAUUAGAUGCGUAGUUGCUCGUGUGCAAAUGCAUUAUAAAUACAUGUACAGCUUGACUGAUAAAUGAUUUACACUUCAAUAUCAAUAAAUUGUAUAUUGUAUUAUCUAAACAUGUGAGAACAGUAUAUUCCACUUUGCAUUAUUUUAAAGAUGUUUGUAAAUAUUAGUAUUCCAAAAUCACAAUAUUUACAAUCAAAUAGUUAGUAAUAAUUAUGAUAUAAUAACGGAGUUGUGCUAUAUUGUCAUCAUUGUUGAAUUGUGUUAUCAUGACAACUAAGCUGGCCUGUAUAUUAUGACUGUGAUAUAAUAACUGAGCUGGCCAAUAUGUCAUUGCGAUGUAAUUACAGUAUUAGGCUAUAUCUAUCAUCGUUGUAUAAUAACGGAGUUAGACUAUAUGUAAAUAUUGUGUAAUAUAACUGAGUUGGUCUGUACUCUAUCAUUGUGAUAUUAUAACUGUGUUGGACUAUAUCACAAUAUUGUGAUACUAUAACUGAGUUGGACUAUAUUCUAUCACUGUAAUAUUAUAACUGUGUUGGACUAUUACAAUAGUGUGAUACUAUAACUGAGUUGGAAUAUAUGUUGCCACUGUGAUAUAAUGGAGUUGGACUAUAUUCUAUCAUUGUGAUAUAACAAUAGAGGACUAUAUGAUACAACUGAGCUAUAAUAAAUGAACUGGCCUAUGUGUUAUCAUUGCAAUAUGACAAUAUGUUGGCAUUGCGAUAUAAUAACUGAACUGACACAUACUAUGUUAUCAUUGUGAUAUAAGAACUGAGUUGGACUGUCUGGUAUCAUCAUAGUGGAAUAAUGUUUAUAAUUUACCAUUGUGAUAGAACAACUGAGCUGGCCUAUAUGUUGUCAUUGUGAUAUGCGAUAUAACAAUUUAGCAGGGCUAUAUUUCAGUAGUAACUGAAACACUAUAUAUGCCAGUACUGUUAUAGAAUCCGUGGUGAGCUGUAUACCCACAACGCUAUUUUAUCUAUGAUGUUACUUCAAAAAGCCAUGCAUAUUGUUGCUUGAAAUCAGUAAAUGAGCAGUAAAAAGAGAACCGGGGUACACUAAUAAGGAGUCUUCUACGGGUUGACAACAUAUCACCUUCCAUAUGAAUGGGGACGUUUUCAUAAACAAUUUUAGCGUGGAUGGGGGAUCUUUAAACUCAUUAAUAAAUUCAAAAUAUCCUCUUAAAAUACAAUCGGUGGAAUAGAGUCCAAUUUUGAAAAUAUUUUAAAACGUUUGAACUAGGAUGUGACUAAAGGAUAGGGGUGCUAGUAUUGUUAGUGUGCGUGAAUGAUCAGUAUGGGGUGAAAGUGCGUUUUCCAAGUACGCGCAUUGGUUCUCGCCCGGUUAAUCCCAACACAUUGGGACGCAGUUCCGUAAGAGAACUUGUUAAAUUUUCAUGUAAGAUAAAGGUGUAUUACCUUAUAUUCAAUAUUUAUCCUGCAAUCACUGUAUGUAUUGUCAAUAUAUUAUGACUGGAUAAAUGUCUUUAUGUUCGGUUACUGACAAAAGGUUUUUGGGUCGGAAUUACUUUUUCACUAGUUAUGAUCAGCAAAGGAAUGUUGUAUUGCUCAAAAUAACUUAUUAUUUUAUUUCUAGUUGAUGGUUUUGACUUUUAAAAACUUUCUUGAACAUUUUUUUUUUUUUAAUAAGAAAUAUAUUGUUGUUAUUUAAGAACUAUUUUAUUUUGGUAUAUAGAUAUUGUUGGAGAUAAGGCAUUGAAUUCAAUUAUAUAUUACCGUAAGCAUUUGCUUGUUGGUACAAACAAUAUACAUGUAUAAUACAUGAGCAAUCAAUCGUGACAAAGACGUGUGACUAGUGGAGAAUAUAAACAGACAAUUGGAGCAAAAUAUCUUAACAGUCAAACACACAUUUUAUUUUUGCCAAAAAAUAUACAUUUUGUAGGCAUACAUACAUAUUGAUAUCUAAAAUAAUAUACAUUUUGUAGGCAUACAUACAUAUUUAUAUCUAAAAUAAUAUACAUUU